UGUGCGUGUGUAAACAUACUUAAGUGCAAUACUCAAAUUGAACAGCGUGAUUCCGAUAAGUUCAGCGGAUCCGCAAGUGGAAAACGGUUAAAUUAUAAAGUCGCAGGAGCAGUUAAAACAAAACAUAUUACAUUUGAUUUGGUUCAAGAAGCCCAGAAAUAAUUUAUUUGAAUUGAUGGCGGUUUCCGAAUAACGGUUCACGAAUUAGCGGACAACUGGAACUGAUCACUCAUUCAAUAAAUCAACCAAUCAAUCAAACAAACAAACAUCGAUCCACCCAUCGAUAAACCACUGCAAUUUUUUUUUGCCAUCACUUACUACGUUUUCUCAUAUACGUUGUUCACAACACAUCUAGAGUUGCAUUUGGAUUCAACACUCGUUCUAAUACCCAAUAUUAAUCAUUUGUGAUUUCAUUUGAACAUAUCUACAUAUACAUAUAUACACUUCCCUUUUUUGCUUCUGUGUGUGUGUGUGUGUGUGUAUGUAUAUACAUAUAGCGUGUGCAAAUUGUAAGUUGAUGUUGUCAGUACCGCAAUAGCCGCUCAUAGUUCGAUUGCCAACGAGUCGCCACAGCUUGGCUCGGCCAAGUGGAACAUUUAGGGGCCUCCAGCUCCGGGUCUAGCUCCCAUCCAUCCAUCCAUCAAUUCAUCCAUUCAUCGGCAGCCGCCAUAGAAAGUGCUGAAGUGCUUGCCACAAACUGGCGCCCGCACAGGACGAAGCCGACCGGCGGCACGUCGCACAAAAAGUUGGCGGAUGCGUUGAUAAUAUUGCAAUUCCAGAGCUGGAGGUGGAUAAGCGGAAAUACCGCCGUCGGCAUCGAAAACUAGCGGAGCAACAAGAACACUUACAACAACAACUACGACUGGCACAACAACAACAACAGCAGCAGCAAAAACACCAGCUGCAGCCAGAUCAACCACAACCACAGCAACCACAGCAACCACUGCAGCCAGUGCCAUCAGUGGAACCACAGCAGGUAGCAGAUAAGCAGCGGGAGGCGCAUCAAUAUCACGCUCAACACAUGCGGAUACGGAAGACCGAAUCACUGCCCAGGCCUGUGUACAAGGAUAGAGAGCGGCAUAAGGAGCGGAACAGGGAAAAGGAUAAGGAGAAGGAUAAGCAGAAAGAGAAGCAUAAGGAUAAGGAGAGGGACAGGCAAAUGGCCGAACGGCUAGCGAAUGCUCAGGAGCGACGCAUACAUGAGCUUGAUAAGAAUGUGGAGCGGUUUUUUGAAGUGCGCAAGCGUCUGGGCAAGGGCGCCUACGGCAUUGUGUGGAAGGCCACGGACAGGCGACAAAAGGACACCGUGGCACUCAAGAAGAUCUACGACGCCUUCCGGGAUGAAACCGAUGCACAGCGCACCUAUCGCGAGGUCGUCUUCCUGCGCGCCUUUCGGCAUCAUCCGAACAUCAUUCGGAUGCUGGACAUCUUCAAAGCUGCGAACAAUCUGGACUUUUAUUUGGUCUUCGAGUUCAUGGACAGCGAUCUGCACAAUGUCAUCAAAAAGGGCGACGUCCUCAAGGACAUACACAAGCGCUUCGUCAUGUAUCAGCUGAUCAAUGCGAUCAAGUAUAUGCACUCCGGUAAUGUCAUCCACAGGGAUCUCAAGCCAAGCAACAUUCUGAUCGAUAGCAAGUGCAGGCUUAAGGUAGCCGACUUUGGUCUGGCGCGCACUCUGUGCACGAAGCGGCGAAGCAAUGCGGAUUUGGACUGCAAGGAUGAGCUCGAUAACGAGGCGAUGCUGACAGAUUAUGUGGCGACCCGUUGGUAUCGGGCACCCGAAAUUCUGGUGGCCAGUCGCAAGUAUACGAAGGGCAUUGAUAUGUGGAGCCUGGGCUGCAUACUGGGCGAGAUGAUACGCCAGAAGCCGCUCUUCCAAGGCACCAGCACCAUCAAUCAGAUUGAGAAGAUAGUGAAUGCGCUGCCGGAGGUGACGGAUCGCGAUAUCGAAUCCAUCGGAGCCAGCUUCGGGUCGGUGCUGCUCAGCAAGAAGAUCGUGCGGGACCGGCGGUACUCCCUGGACGAGAUACUGCGCAAUUGCUGUGACGAUGCAUUGUCGCUGGUAAAGUCACUGCUGGUGCUCGAUCCGGAAGGGCGGCUAACCGCCAAGGAGGCCAUCGCCCACUCCUAUGUGCAUCGCUUUCGCACCUCCUCGGCGAACAUGGAGCUGCGUGCCGACAUCAGGCCGCCGUUGGACGACGAUACGCGGUACGGCGUCGAUGAGUACCGUACCACCCUCUACGAAAUGAUUGCGCCUGAACUGCGAUCUAGUGAAGGGCGCUCGUCCACUACACCAGUGAUCUCAACGGCUAGCCCCGAUCAGCCGUCGAGCCAGACGCCGAGCCGUGCGCGAUCUGAAUCGAAAUCCAGGCAAUCCGCAAGCAUUUCCCAGGCCACCGUACAAACGGAUCCGCCCGGACAGCCGAUUUCCACAUUGACCAAGGCCUGGGUGGAGGAGCAACGGAAGCAGCAACAUUUCCAGACACAUCCACACCAACACACGCACCCGCACCCCCACCCGCACGCUCAACAGCACCCGCAUUCACAUCCGCAGCAGCAGCCACAGCAGCAGCAGCAACAGCAACAGCAGCAACAGCAACAGCAGCAACAGCAGCAGCAGCAACAGUUGCAAUUGGCGCAGAGCAAUGUGCCAACACUGUUCGGUCUUUUGACCGGUCAGCUGCAGAGACACGCCCAUCUCAGCGAGGAGCAACGUGCCGAUCUCUUCCUGCAUGAGCUGAACGACUUUGUAGAGCAGCUGCAGUUGCGCAGCACUCGACUCAUCCGGAACACGUCGGGCUCGCACUUUGUGAACGCGCGCAUAGCACGCGUGCUGGGCAUACCCGAGGGUCAGUAUGCGCUGGAUAUGUCGGCCAUGGAAUCGGCGCAGGCGCCCACACCGGAGCCGGAGACGCAUGUGAGCGCUGUGGCCAGUACACGCAAUCUGGUCGAAUAUCCAGGGCUCAGCAUGUCCUUAGAUGAUACGCUGACCGACGAGGCGGCUCAACGAUUGAAUUUGUCCGCUGGCGGCAAAUUGUUGCCUCCGUCCGAGGAGAGUCUGUUGCGUAACGUUGGCGAUGAUCUGAUGCCGCCCCCGGUGGCUGUGGCCCCACCCACCGUCGGCCACGUGGCUGGUGCAAUGCUGCCGCACUACGAUCAUGCCAGCGACAAUGCCGUCGAGGCGCUCAGCAUGAAAGAGACGCCCAAUGCGGCUAUAUUGGAUCUCAAUGUGGACUUCUUUCAAUUCAACAAUAAUUAGUCAAGUGCAAAUAUAUAUGCCUAUAUAUUUGCGAAUGACUUUAUUUUAACAUAUAGUAUUUAGAGACUUGUCUGAAUAGCAUAAACAAUUAGAUAUAAAAUGAAUCUUUGCAUGAAAUGUACCUCAAAUCUCUAAACACUAGAGAGCAAAUAUUAGACUCAAGGAAAAGUUUGUGUAAUUUAGCAAAUGACUAAACAAUUGUGAGAAGCUUUAUGGAAACCCUUAUGAAA